UUUUGGCAUUUUGCAUGUUUUUUUAAUCACAUUCUCCUAAUUGCUCUGUCUUUUCAGUCACAUUGAGUUUCUUUGCUAUGUCUAUAGAACCUUCAUCAACCUCUCUGGCUAUCUCAGAUGGACAAUCCAAGAUUUCCAGAAAACCCAAAUAUUCUAGAUUCACACAGCAAGAACUUCCUGCAUGGCAACCAAUUCUAACACCUGGAUGGGUCAUUUCAAUAUUUACAUUUAUAGGACUCAUAUUCAUUCCUAUUGGGAUUGCUUCAUUGUUUGCAUCAGAGCAUGUGGUGGAAGUUCCGUUUCGAUACGAUGAUCAAUGCCUUCCAUCUACUUAUAGGGACAAUGCAAUGGAAUAUAUAAAAGAUGAUAGGACUAACAAAACUUGCACCAAGAAAUGGACUGUUAUGAAUAAAAUGAAAGCUCCAGUCUAUGUAUAUUAUCAGCUUGGUAAUUUUUACCAGAACCAUCGUCGAUAUGUUAAAAGCAGAGAUGAUAAACAACUGAGGAGUAAGGCAGGUGAGAAUGAUGUAAGCUCAUGUAGUCCUGAAGACUAUACACCAAAUGAAUCAGGUGAUCAAAUACCAGUUGUUCCUUGUGGCCUUAUUGCAUGGAGUAUGUUCAAUGACACAUACAAACUUUCAAAUAAUAAUAAGGACUUGGUCAUCAACAAAAAGAACAUUGCAUGGAAGAGUGAUCAAAAGGCCAAAUUUGGGUCUGAUGUUUAUCCUAAAAAUUUUCAGGCUGGAAGUUUGAUUGGGGGUGCUAGACUUAAUGAAAGCAUUCCUUUAAGUGAACAAGAGGAUCUCAUUGUUUGGAUGAGAACAGCAACACUGCCUACUUUCAGAAAAUUAUAUGGGAAGAUUGAAGUUGACCUUGAAGUUAAUGAUGAAAUAAUGAUAGUAAUAGAGAACAAUUAUAAUACAUAUGAGUUUGGAGGAAAGAAGAGCUUGAUUCUAUCAACCACAACUUGGAUUGGUGGAAAAAAUGACUUCUUGGGGAUUGCUUAUAUUCUCAUUGGUGGCUUUUCCUUGCUGUACUCUUUAGCUUUCCUACUAAUGUAUGUCAUGACGCCAAGACCACUUGGGGAUCCAACAUACCUGUCUUGGAACAGAAAUACAGAAUGAUUGAGCUAAUAUUAUGGGAUAUUUCAUCUUUUAGGAGUUUAUUUAACAAUUACUGCAUUUUUUCCCACAUCUCAAAAGGGAUAUGUCACAUUGGCUUGUAUUCAACUCUAAUCUAGAUGUGCCAUAAAUAUGCCAUUUUGAGGAGUACUAAUUAAUUAGCAAUGUUUUAGGGUUUUUUUAUUUAGUUUUAGAUUUCAAAUAUAGCAUAUUACGUAUAUGAGUUUUAUAUCGGCUGCACUUACAAAUGCUAUUUAUAUACACAAGAAGGGGUUGUCAUCUUCACUAAUUAAAUGUUGAGUGUAACAACUUUGAGCAAUGUUCAUUUAGCAUUGUACUAUUCAUGAACUAGUUAUGGUCAAAAUGCAAAGACCAUUCUUCAUGUUAUUUGAGAUUGCACUCAAGCUUUUGAGACGUGGAUUUGCAUUGUCCCCUAUUCAUACUGGCAGGAUUUUUUCAGCUUGGAUAUGGAAUAUAAAGCAUGGGACUCUGAUAAGAGUAAAAAUGAA